CUAAGAAGCAGGGAACAGAUUGAUGCAGAAACCAGAAUGUUAUGAUGAGCAAUAAAACCAGAACCCGAUAAAGCAAAGGGCACUGCAGGCAUAACUACUGAAGGUUAGUGAUUUGUGGCAUGGACUUAGUUAAGCAGAGAAGGAGGAGCAGAAAAUAUCAGUUAAUACAGUACAGAAGACUCAAAAUUAAGAGAGCGAGAAUUACACCCAAGAGUGCAAGAUAAAACCAAGGCAGGUAUUUCAAAUAAGAAAGUCAAGAGAUGGAGGCGCUACCUCGGCCAGAACUGUUUGAAUUCCAUGGCGUCUGUAUGACCAGACAGUUUACCAAAAACUGGGACAACAUACAGAACUUCAAAGCAAGACCAGAUGAUAUUGUUAUUGCUACUUACCCUAAAGCAGGAACCACGUGGGUCUCCUACAUCCUAGAUCUUCUGUAUUUUGGACACUUGGGUCAAGACCGUCAGACUGCCAUCCCUCUUCAUGACAGAGUGCCCUUCCUGGAGAUCUGCAAACCUUUUGUGCCCAUAGGUACAGAACUGGCUGACACACUUCCCACCACUCCUCGUCUCAUUAAAACUCAUCUACCAGUCCAGCUUCUACCAAAGUCCUUCUGGGAGCAGCAAUGCAGGACAGUCUAUGUGGCCCGCAAUGCAAAGGACAAUGCAGUGUCCUAUUUCCACUUUGACCGCAUGAACAGUGCCCAGCCUGAACCAGGAGACUGGAGCACCUUCCUGCAGGGGUUCAUGGAGGGAAAGAGGGUUUUUGGAUCGUGGUAUGACCAUGUGAAUGGCUGGUGGGAGAAGAAGCAGACUUAUUCAAAAUGUCACUACAUGUUCUAUGAAGAUUUGAUUGAGGACUGUGGACGAGAAAUAGACAGACUGUGCUCCUUCCUUGGUUUGUCUUCUUCAGCUGAAGAGAAGGAAAGAGUGAGAGUCAGUGUGAUGUUUGUCAAUAUGAAACAAAACAAUAUGACCAACUACUCCACCUUCCAAACAAUGAACCAGACUAUUUCUCCUUUCAUGAGAAAAGGAAAAGUUGGUGACUGGAAGAACCACUUCACUGUGGCCCAGAAUGAACAGUUUGAUGAAGAUUACAAGCGGAAAAUGAAGAAUCCUGAUCUCAAGUUUCGUUAUGAAAUUUAGAGCCCCGGCUGGGUGUGACAGACCUCUGCACUGAUUUAUGAUUAAAUAGUUUAAAACAAAUCAAGUUUGAUGUAAAAUUGGAGUAACACAAUUUUUGUACAUUUAAUUGGGGACAUUCAUCCAUAAUUUGAUGCUGUAAUAUGUAAAUUGAAAACAGUAGAACAGAACUGCAUGUUGUAAUGUAGCAUCUUCAAAAACCUUAAGAAAUACAGUUGGAUUUUAUUCAAGACCAAAAUCAGAGUUGUAGAGAUGUUAAAGGGACAAGUCACCCCCAAAUAUUUUUUUCCUGUGGCAUUUAGUGCUAUGUAUGGAUAAAUAAAGAAUAUGAUUAUAAAUUUGUUCCGAGAUGAACUGUCCCUUUAAGAAUGAUAAAUACUUUUAAAGCUAGUAAAAUUUUUCUGCAUAAUCACAACAAGGAUGAUGUUGAAGCCAUUUAAUGACAACAGGACUUUGGAUGAGAAAUAGACCGACUUUGCUCCAUCCUUGGUUUGAGAGUGAGAGCCAGUAUACAAAAUAAAACAAAAUGAACAACUACUUCACAGUUCACGUGAUGAACCACAACUUGGUGAGCAAACACACUGUGGAAAAGGUCUACUGAAAAAACUGUUUUUUUUAAAAAAAUUGUCUUUUUUGUUUUUGGGCCCAA